UCGUUUGGGGGUUGGCGGCUGGGAGGGGUUUGCAGGUUAAGAAGGAGAGAGAGAGAGAAAAAGAGAGGGAUGAAAAAGAAAAACGGAAGGAGAAGGAAAGGAAGGAGAAAGAGAGAGAACGUGAGAAGGAAAAGGGGAAGGAACGUGGUAGGAAGGAAGAAACAGAUAGUGAGAAUGUAGAUAUGACUGACAGCUACAAGGAGGACAAGAAAAAGAAGGAUAGAAAACACCGGAGACGGCGUCACAGUUCUGCUGAUGAUGUGAGUUCUGACAAGGAUGAUAGGGAGGAGUCUAAAAAAUCUCGUAGACAUGGCAGUGACCGUAAAAAAUCUAGGAAGCAUGCGUAUUCACCUGAAUCGGAUAGUGAAAGCCGGCAUAAAAGACACAAACGGGAUCACCGCGAUGGUUCCCGUCGAAAUGAGGAGCUAGAGGACGGGGAGCUCGGUGAGGAUGGGGAAAUUCAGUAGGCCAUAUUAGUCCGUAACUUAUAGAAGUACAUGAUAUAUAUACUGUAGGGGACCUUGAACCCCAAAUGCUUUCAGUUUGAACUUCUUGAGAUGGUUGCUCCCACAUUUCCUAUUUUGAUAAAUGAUGCCGUGGUUUAUUGUGAAAGCCAUUGUUAUUUUGUGUGAGCUGAUAUGAUGGAAAUAUUUUACCUCGAUUUUUUGGGGUAGUGAUCGGCAAUAUGAUUAGGUAAAAGAUAGGACAGAAUUAGUGGUAGCCUGAAAAAGGAUAAUCAAAUAUCUAGGAAGUCCAGACAGAACAUAGUUAUUAUGUCCUCAGGACGACCCUAGAAUUGUGUAUGAUUUGUAAUUGGGAUGUCAAGGUAAUGGCAACUUUUAUGUGAAAUUUUAA